GUGAUUGCGUUCAGGUGUGGGCGUCUGUCGUGGAUCUCGUAGUUGGAGCGCUCGGUGCGGUGCGGUGCGUUUCAGGGACCCCGAUGAGAGGAUAGCCGCGCGGCGAGUGUCCCCUUAUGUGCCGUCCGAGGCAGGUGACGUUUCGUCCAAAGUGUGACCGUCAUUUGUUGAGAACGUGCCAUAUCCACCUCGGUCCCCCGCGGGAGUGGAGGCGCGGACGGACGGGAGAAGCGUGCCGACGCGACGCCAAGCUGCGCGCCCGUGCGGCCAUGGCCGAAGCGCUGGAUGCGAAUGCGAUGGAUUAGCAGCCGCCACGUCCCAAACGUGUCGCAGACGUUUCCCUUCAUUCCCAGCCCAGGACAAGCACUCUCCAUCACGGGAUUAUUUCCACUCUCGACGAUCCUUCUCCUCCCCACCGAGCUGAGAUGACAGAGGAGUGCGUGUUGCGCUGCGUGCUGAUGCUCUGCUGUGCGCUCCUCUCCGCCAAUGCCAGCAACUGGCUGUACCUGGCCAAGCUAUCGUCAGUCGGAAGCAUCCGGGAUGAGGAGACGUGCGAGAGGUUACGAGGCCUCAUCCACAGACAGGUUCAGAUCUGCAAGCGCAGCGUGGAGGUGAUGGACGCGGUGCGCCGCGGCGCUCAGCUGGCGAUAGACGAGUGUCAGUUCCAGUUCCGUAACCGUCGGUGGAAUUGCUCCACUCUCGAGAGCAUGCCCGUGUUUGGCAAAGUGGUCACCCAGGGCACCCGCGAGGCUGCCUUUGUGUAUGCCAUCUCAGCAGCCAGUGUGGCGUUUGCGGUCACGAGGGCCUGCAGCAGCGGAGAGCUCGAAAAAUGUGGCUGUGACCACAACGUGCACGGAGUCAGUCCAGAGGGAUUCCAGUGGUCGGGAUGCAGUGACAACAUUGCUUACGGAGUGGCUUUUUCUCAGUCCUUUGUGGAUGUGAGGGAGAGGAGUAAAGGCCAGUCCUCCAGUCGGGCCCUCAUGAACCUGCACAACAAUGAGGCCGGCAGGAAGGCCAUCCUGGCUCACAUGCGCGUGGAGUGCAAAUGUCACGGCGUGUCGGGCUCGUGCGAGGUGAAGACCUGCUGGAAAGCGAUGCCCCCCUUCCGCAAAGUGGGCAACGUCAUCAAGGAGAAGUUUGACGGGGCCACCGAGGUGGAACAGCGCAAAAUGGGCUCCGCCAAAGUCCUGGUGCCUCGCAACUCCCAGUUCAAACCACACACCGAUGAAGAUCUGGUCUACUUAGAACCCAGCCCGGACUUCUGCGACCACGACCCCCGCACGCCGGGUAUGCUGGGCACGGUGGGGCGCCAGUGUAACCGAACCUCCAAAGCCAUCGACGGCUGCGAGCUGAUGUGCUGCGGCCGCGGUUUUCAGACGCAACAGGUUGAGGUGGUGGACAGGUGCAGCUGUAAGUUCCACUGGUGCUGCUACGUCAAGUGCAAGCAGUGCCGCAAAAUGGAGGAGAUGCACACUUGCCGAUGAUGAAACGGGUCCUGCUGAUGAACGGAACAGAUGCCUCGCGCUCCUGAUCGGGACUCGAGAGCACACAGGAGGAUGAAUGAAGCGCCUCCUUCAGCUGGAUAGGACCAAAGCUUCGAACGCUCGCCAAUGGAAACGCGACGAGCAUCCGAGAAGGGCGCCGGCAUCCACUUCCUUGUCAUGCUCUUUGUGUCUUGUCAAUCGUCGUCCUCCCUCUGCGCCUUCUUGUGAUGUUUAACUUAUUUGUUGAGACUGAGGAGCUUAUCUGCGAUUGACUAAGAAGGAGCGAGCAGUCUAGCGGAGAUAAGGAGGGACAAACAGCAUCCAUGGGUGGGUGGCGUUAAGGGUUUUGGGGUCUUGAGGGGGGGCUGGCAGCCAUCUGUCCUUGCUGCUGCUGCUGCUGCUGCUUCGGGGACUCGAUGGGAGUGCUGCACGUCCAUAAAAGACACAUCGCAAAGACUGAAUCCGCCAUACAUGGACUUGAUGUGAUUUGCUUUCCGUGCGCGCAUGGCUGCACUGAUCUAAGUCUUCGUCGGAUGCGGUUUCAUGACGCUGCUCUACUUACACAUUUCACAUGCCGACGUGAUUCUUGUCCGAAGGGUGACGAUGAAUGACACGCGAAAGCCACUAUCGCCGACUUUGUCUCUCUCUCUCUCUCAAACUCAAAAAGCGCCAGCAUUAACGGAAGGGAAAAAAAAAGAAACACUCGGAAGCACUCAUUCCCGCUCAAAAAGAUCCUUGCCGAUCAAUGGCAAGGAGAGCUAAUAGACCCCGUUUACACCGAGCGGCACGGUUUGGUUCAGUUUUUUUUUUCAGAAUCACAAUCAGAAUCAUCUUUAUUGGCCAAGUAUGUAAGACACACAAGGAAUUUGUCUCCGGUAUAACAUGCUGCACUAGUAUCAUCGUAAACAACAAAAUCAUUGAACCAUUUUAGAGUAACCAGGAGUUUUGUAGUACCAUUUUGUAGUACAAGAAGAGUGACUACGUCAGUGACUGUUUAAGGAGUUAAUGGCUAAAGGGAAGAAGCUGUUUAAGUGUCUACUGGAUUUGGUGCGCAUGGAUCUGUAGCGUCUGCCUGAGGGGAGUGGCUGAAAAAGGUGGUGGGCAGGGUGCGGGGGGUCCAGGAGGAUUUUCCGUGCCCUUGUCUUGAUUCUUGCAGUGUGCAAGUCCUCAAGAGUGGGUAGGGCGGUGCCAACGAUUUUUUCUGCCGUCCUAACUGUCAUUUCAUGAUGGGUCCCCAAAUCUGAACUGCAGAAUCCCACAGCCAAUCCCGCAGCGGCACUGAAAAUGAAAGGAUGCAAGGAUGUCAGUUUGUUUUUGAGCACACCUUUGUUCAAGGACAACCGUUCCCCACUUUGCUCACAAAUCUCCCUGAAAAUCAGAUUUGGAAUGAAUGAUUGGUUUCAAAGUUGCACUGAAGAAAAAUGGUGGUGUUUUCAUUCCCAUUUUCAUUCCCAUUGUGGUUGCACACCAUCAAAUGGCCUGGAUCCAGAUCCCUUUUUUUUUAAAGAGAUGUAGUCUCCUUAGAAAAAAAAUGCAUUUGGAUCUGGUUCUAGGUGAGAUUCCUAAGAACUAUUGCUUGAAAUAAAAAGAUUUAAAGAACGCAAAAUUUUCGGAGGGUGAUCCCUCAUCAGGUCAUGGUCCUCUUUUUGGAAUUCAUAUGUCACGCUACUGUGGCCUCAUCCUGCCAGACACAGAAAAACGAACACCAGAUCCACGUUGGCUUUCACAUUGCUCUUGUAUUCCCUCGUUUCCUAAAGGCCAAUGUAAACACAUCUAAAAAAAAAUAAAAUAAAAAAUAACCCCAAGCAUAUUUACCAAACACCACGAAAAGUCGACGUCGUCUGACGGAUGGUUGCUGAGCCUUUUUCACCAUGCAUGAUGACUGAAGCACUUUCUCUCCAACCGCACAUAAAGACCACCCCCCACCCUCCCCCCCGCCGCGCCGCAGCAUCGCACGUGUGACCGCAUAUGGCCAAUUUGUACCACCCAAAAGCCACGCUUGCCUAUCAUAAUAAUGUGGGCUCAUUAUAAUAAUCAUCAUGUAGACCUGUAAAGACUUAUACACUGAAGAUUAUACUGCCUAUGAAUGUCUGUUUAUGUUGAAUAUAUGCUGUGUCAAAUACAUAUGUUGUCACUGACUGCUCUUU